AUGGAUCUAGAGCUGGAAGCCGAAAGUCCGAGUCCCCGGCGCCCUCCAUCUUGGAGCGCGCGGCCGGCCCGGCGCCCCCGCCUUUGUUCGCGCGGACGGCGGGCUGCCUGCGGCCGCCCAGGUAUUGUAUUGCGGUCUGCGGUGUGGCUAGGAUUCCCAAAUUUCGUUGACAACCCCGCCGCCGUGAAUGGGACAGACAUUUGGCCUGCUGCGUACUGUGUGGGGAGUGCGAUGUGGAUCCAGCUGUUGUAUAGCGCCUGCUUCUGGUGGCUGUUUUGCUAUGCGGUUGACGCCUAUCUGGUGAUCCGGAGAUCGGCAGGGCACAGCACCAUCCUGCUCUACCGCCUCAUGGCCUGGGGCCUAGCCGCCCUGCUCUGCGUGGAGGGAGCGGUCCUGCUCUACUACCCUUCUGUGUCCAGGUGUGAGCGGGAUCUGGAGCAUGCCAUUCCUCACUAUGUCACCACAUACUUGCCGCUGCUGCUGGUGUUUGUGGCCAAUCCCAUCCUGUUCCAAAAGACAGUGACUGCAGGAAAGGAGUUACAUCUCUUAAAUUCUGGAUGCAGUAGUUCCUCCUUGCUGCUCAUAUGGAUCCCCCUCCAGGACUUGCAGGUGUUAGAAGACAUAUUCCCUGACCCCCAGCAUUUAAAAGUGAAUUGUAUAACCCUGGGUUAUUUUCUUGCUGACAGUUGGCUGCCGAACAUCAUCAAUGAAAGCCUUUUAUUCUAUCUUGAAAUGCAAGCAGAUGUCAACGGGAGCUCUUUGAAACCUGUCAGAAAUGCGGCUAAGACCACGUGGUUUAUUAUGGGGAUACUGAAUCCAGCCCAAGGAUUUCUCUUGUCCUUGGCCUUCUACGGCUGGACGGGAUGCAGCCUGCAGUUUCAGUCCCCCAGGAAGGAGAUUCAGUGGGAGUCCGUGGUGAGUUCUGCUGCGGAGCGGACCUGCCUGUCCCCGGAGGGCUCCCGCGUGCCCCGUGAGCAUCCGACUUGCAGGAAGGUGGAGCGUGUGGGCGGGCACACCUCCGACGAGGCGCUGAGCAUGCUGUCUGAAGGUUCUGAUGCCAGCACACUCGAAAUCCAUGUCGCAAGUGUGUCCCGCAACGAAAAUGAGGUUUACUCUGUUCCCAAACCCCAGGGAGACCUAUGAGAGGGAUGGGACAGGAGUCCAGACACCACGUGCUCAGGCUCUGCAUUUCUCGUUCUUUAGAACUGUGUUCUCCCCCAAAUCUUGUCUUCACCCUGUUAGGGUUUCUUCCCGAGGAAUGUCUCUGAUGAGAGAGGAUCCAUGAGCAUGAUUGGGAACAGGAGGAGAAUUCCUUGCAGACCGGACACACAGCAGCUUCUCCAGACUCUUAGCUGCCCUUGGUUUUUCUGAGGCUGGCUACUGUAAUGUAAAGGUCGGAUCCAGGUCUUUAGAAAAGCUAAUAAAAUAAAGUAGUUGUAACUGAG